AUGGUCGUGAAAGAGCCAGCGUUGGAAGUUGUGAGAAGGAGAGCGGGAUCCAGGACGAUGACGGUCGCGGGGUCUCCAGACACGGCGGGCGGAAUCGUUGAGGUCAGAGUCUCGGUUCCAGUGUACGGCCUCGUGAUGGUAAUCCCCGGAGUGUCGAUCAUGACGGUGGCACCAGGCUCUCCUGAAGGACCAACCGGAAGUGUGGUGGUGAUGGUAACCGAUCCAUCGUAUGUGCUAGUCAGGAUGUUCAAGUCUGCCGUAGGCGUGGGAAUGGCACCAGUGAGACUUGGCACCAGGACAACAGUCGGGCCAGGCUCGCCUGAAGGUCCAGCGGGCAAAGUGGUUGUGAGGGUUACUGAACCGUCAUAUGUGCUGGUCAAGAAGCCUCCCAGCGCAGAAGUAGCGCCAGGAACCAAGACGACUGUCGGGCCAGGUUCUCCCGAGGGCCCAGCGGGAAGCGUGGUAGUAAGAGUGAUGGAUCCGUCAUACGUGCUGGUAAAGAGGUUGGGCAAUGCCGAAGUCAAUCCAGGGACCAGAACGACAGUGGGGCCAGGCUCGCCAGACGGGCCGGCUGGAAGCGUCGUGGUGAGAGUGACAGACCCAUCGGCAGACGUUGGCAAAGCAGAUGUCAAGCCAGGAACCAGGAUCACGGUAGGUCCUGGCUCUCCAGAUGGGCCAGCAGGCAAGGUAGUGGUGAGAGUAAUCGAGCCAUCGUAUGUGCUGGUGAAGAGGUUGGGAAGUCCGCCAACAGAAACGGUUGGGACCAGAAUAAUGGUCGCACCAGGCUCACCAGAAGGACCGGCAGGAAGCGUAGUCGUGAGAGUGACCGAUCCAUCAUACGUGCUCGUGAAGAGGUUGGGAGGACCACCGACGGAAAUCGUCGGAACAAAGAUGAUAGUGGCACCGGGCUCGCCAGAUGGGCCAGCGGGAAGCGUAGUUGUAAGAGUGACUGAGCCAUCAUACGUGCUCGUGAACAAGCCACCUCCCACAUUGGUGGCGCUUGGAACAAGUACAAGUGUCGGUCCAGCAGGCAGGGUAGUUGUGAGAGUGAUAGAUCCAUCCACGUUGGGAAGGGCUGGAGCCGUGAUGCCCGGAACCAAGACGACAGCAGUUGGUUCACCAGAGGGCCCAAUCGGCAGCGUCGUUGUAAUUGUGACUGAGCCAUCGUACGUAGACGUAAGAAGGUUGGGGAGACCAGGCGCGGUGGCGCUUGGGAUGGCGCUCGGCACGAGAACCACCUCUGCGGGAUCUCCAGACGGGCCAAUGGGCAAUGUAGUGGUGAGAGUGACGGAACCAUCGUACGUAGAUGUUAUACCAAUGUUGCUCGCUCCAGGUACGAGGACCACCUCCGCCGGAUCUCCCGAAGGCCCAAUAGGCAGGGUAGUUGUAAGGGUAACCGAUCCAUCGUACGUGCUCGUGAGAACAUUGGGCAAGCCAGCGCCAAUCGAGGAUGGCACCAAAACAACAGUUGCCGGAUCACCAGAAGGACCAAUGGGCAAAGUAGUGGUAAGCGUCACCGAGCCAUCCACAUUCGGCAGACUGGGGGCGUCCGUGAUGGAGGCUCCCGGAACCAGGACGAUUGUCGCCGGGUCUCCGGAGGGGCCGGCUGGAAGCACAGUGGUGAGAGUGACUGAGCCGUCAUACGUGCUCGUGAGAAGAGUGGGCAGUCCUGGGGCACCGGUGAUAGGGGCACUGGGUACCAACACAAUCGUCGCCGGGUCGCCGGAAGGACCAGCUGGAAGGACAGUAGUGAGUGUCACAGAACCGCCAUACGUGCUUGUGAGAAUGUUUGGCAAUCCCGGAGCGUCUAUGACAGUAGCCGGGUCACCGGAGGGGCCAAGGGGCAAGACGGUAGUAAGAGUAACCGAGCCUCCGUAUGUGCUCGUAAGCACGUUGGGAAGACCAGGCGCGGGCGUUGUAGAUGGGGUACCACCCGGGACUAAGAUGAUGGUAGCCGGAUCUCCAGACGGGCCAAGAGGCAGAACCGUCGUGAGAGUGACUGAACCAUCGUACGUACUCGUAAGCACGUUGGGAAGACCGGGAGCUGCCGUAAUAGAAGGAAUAGUGCUGGGAACCAAUACAACCGUGGCGGGAUCAUCGGAAGGCCCGACAGGCAGAGUCGUCGUAAGGGUGACUGAUCCGUCGUAA